GGGUGAGGUGCCCUGCAAGCUCUCAGCCCCUGGACCCCAGCACCCAUUCUCUUGCUUCCUUGCAGGACCCUCACUGCUGCAUUUGCCCAGUAACUCUGGCUGUGCCGCCCAGCCCUUGGGUAAGACGGGCAUCCCGGGAACAUGGCAGAGGAAGACCUCAUCUUCCGCCUGGAAGGCGUGGAUGGCGGCCCGACCUCCCGGGCUGGUGAUUCAGAUGCAGACAGCGAUGGUGAGGAGGGUUACUUCAUCUGCCCCAUCACUGAUGACCCGGGGGCACACCAGAAUGUUAACUCCAAGGUUAAUAACUACUACAGCAACCUAGCCAAAAGUGAGCGCUACGGCUCCAGCGGGUCCCCGGCCAUCUCCUUCCAUUUCAAGGAAGCUUGGAAGCAUGCAAUCGAGAAGGCCAAGCACAUGCCUGACCCCUGGGCCGAGUUCCACCUGGAGGACAUUGCCACGGAAUGCGCUACACGUCACAGGUACAACGCUGUCACCGGGGAGUGGCUGGAGGAUGAAGUUGUGAUCAAGAUGGCGUCUCAGCCCUUCGGCCGGGGAGCAAUGAGGGAGUGCUUCAGGACGAAGAAGCUUUCCAACUUCCUGCACACUCAGCAGUGGAAGGGGGCCUCCAACUACGUGGCAAAGCGCUACAUCGAGUCCGUGGACAGGGACGUGUACUUUGAGGAUGUGCGUCUACAGAUGGAAGCCAAGCUCUGGGGAGAGGAGUAUAAUCGGCACAAGCCCCCUAAGCAGGUGGACAUCAUGCAGAUGUGCAUCAUAGAGCUGAAGGAAAGGCUGGGCCGGCCUCUCUUCCACCUAGAGCACUACAUCGAGGGCAAGUACAUCAAGUACAACUCCAACUCAGGCUUCGUCCGCGAUGACAACAUGCGCCUGACACCGCAGGCCUUCAGCCACUUCACUUUUGAGCGUUCCGGCCACCAGCUGAUUGUGGUGGACGUCCAGGGUGUGGGUGACCUCUACACCGACCCACAGAUCCACACCGAGAGGGGCACUGACUUUGGAGAUGGCAACCUAGGUGUCCGCGGGAUGGCUCUCUUCUUCCACUCUCAUGCCUGCAACCGGAUUUGCAAGAGCAUGGGCCUCGCUCCCUUCGACCUCUCCCCAAGAGAGAGGGACGCGGUGACUCAGAACAUCAAGCUACUGCAAUCAGCCCAGACCAUCUUGAGGGGGACAGAGGAAAAGUGCGGGAGCCCCCGGGUGAGGACCCUCUCGGGGAGCCGGCCCCCCCUGCUCCUUCGCCUCUCAGAGAACUCUGGAGAUGAGAACAUGAGUGACAUAACCUUUGACUCUCUCCCUUCCUCGCCAUCUUCUGCCACGCCGCACAGCCAGAAACUGGACCACCUUCAUUGGCCUGUGUUCAGCGACCUCGAUAACUUGGCACCCCGAGACCAUGACCCUCUGGACAACCACCGGGACUCUGAGAACAGUGGAGACAGCGGAUACCCCAGUGAGAAGCGGAGUGAGCUGGACGACCCAGAGCCCCGAGAACAUGGCCACUCAAACGGUAACCGGAGGUAUGAGUCGGACGAAGACAGCCUGGGCAGCUCGGGACGGGUCUGUGUGGAGAAGUGGAAUCUCCUCAACUCCUCCCGUCUCCACCUGUCGAGGCCUUCAGCCGUGGCCCUGGAAGUGCAGAGGCUCAACGCUCUGGACCUUGAGAAGAGAAUCGGGAAGUCCAUUUUGGGGAAGGUCCAUCUGGCCAUGGUGCGCUACCAUGAGGGCGGGCGCUUCUGCGAGAAGGACGAGGAGUGGGACCGGGCGUCGGCGAUCUUCCACCUGGAGCAGGCGGCCGACCUCGGCGAGCUGGAGGCCAUCGUGGGCCUGGGACUCAUGUACUCGCAGCUGCCCCACCACAUCCUGGCGGACGUCUCUCUGAAGGAGACAGAAGAGAAUAAAACCAAAGGAUUUGAUUACUUACUGAAGGCAGCUGAAGCUGGCGACAGACAGUCCAUGAUCUUGGUGGCACGAGCCUUUGACACUGGCCAGAACCUCAGCCCAGACAGGUCCCAAAGCUGGCCAGAGGCUCUACUCUGGUACAACACUGCCCUGGAGACAACUGACUGUGAUGAAGGUGGGGAGUAUGAUGGGAUGCACGAUGAGCCCCGGUACCUGCUGCUGGCCAGGGAGGCAGAGAUGCUGUUCACAGGCGGCUGUGGGCUGGAGAAGAACCCGCAGAGAUCAGGCGACUUGUACACCAAGGCAGCCGAGGCAGCAAUGGAAGCCAUGAAGGGCCGGCUGGCCAACCAGUACUACGAGAAAGCUGAGGAGGCCUGGGCACAGAUGGAGGAAUAGCUUGCUGGAAAAAUCACUGCCAGCCAGUCGCAAGCUAAAGGCUAGGAGUGGGGGAAAGAAAAAGACUUCUUUACUUAUUUAGGGUUGUUUUGGGGCUGGAGGAGGCAAAUAUUUUUAGUGUGUUGUAAAUCAACUUUUGUAUUUUAUUGUUGACUCUAGAAAAUGUCUUUGCUACCAGUGGAGACACUGCAGCUGUCCCCUAGGGCAGCAUUUUGGGGGAGGGGGAUUGAAAAAGCAGCCUAAUGAACCAACAUAUCUCUCUGAGGUUCUUCUGUGUUUUGUUGUUUUUAUUGUUGUUUUUUGUCAUGAGAUGUAAGAAAAUGUAUCUUUUCUCCCCUGGAUGGAAAAUACUAAGGCUUUGCUCAUCAGCCUUUUCAGGCUGGGCU